GCACAAACACACAAAACAAAAAUCAAAAAGCAAUCCUGACUAAUAAAUGCAAAUAUCCUGAAACAUUACUGGCAGAUUUCAGCAUAUUAGAGGACUGAAUGGUUGAGGAUAUUCUGUCUGAACCCAGUUUCUCUUUUCCCCUCCCCAAUCACGUAGCAGCCUUGUAGUCCAAUCCUACUGUCGUCUUCAGUGCCUAAAUCAACCUAGAUAAUUCUAUCCUCGUCACGGCGACUUGUUCAAAUAGCCCAAGGCAAUCAGCCUCUGGUAUUUCCCCUGGCCACAGAGGUGAUGCAACUAGCAAGAGGCUCAGUUCUUUCUCUGAGAAUCGAAGAGGCCAGUUGUUAAACACUGACUAGCGCACCACCCGGAUUUUGGUCGUCCCUUGCCUUCCGAGGAUCUGACUACAAGGAUGUUACAUAAACAGCGGGCGAUUAAUAGGUGUUUGAGGCGCGCUGGAAAGAAAACACCCUCUCCGCGGAGCCAGCGGGCCCGGAGGCGGGGCGGGGCGGGGGCGGAUCCUCGGACGCUGCGGCCCCGCCCCUCGCGGCGCCGGCGCGGUGGCCCACAAACCUCCGCUCAGGCUCCGGUGCCGGUGGUGCUUCCCGGCAGAGCCAUGGCAGCUUUCCGCUUGGCCCUCAUCCAGCUUCACGUUUCUUCCGUCAAAUCAGAUAACCUCGCUCGAGCCUGUGGCCUUAUCUGGGAGGCGGCAAAGCAGGGAGCCAAGAUAGUUUCUCUGCCAGAAUGCUUUAAUUCUCCAUAUGGCACGAAAUAUUUUCCUGAAUAUGCAGAGAAAAUUCCUGGUGACUCCACACAGAAGCUUUCUGAAGUAGCAAAGGAGUGCGGCAUAUAUGUCAUUGGAGGUUCCAUUCCUGAAGAGGAUGCUGGGAAAUUAUAUAAUACCUGUGCCGUGUUUGGGCCUGAUGGAACUUUACUGGUAAAGCACAGAAAGCUCCAUCUGUUUGACAUUGAUGUUCCUGGGAAAAUCACAUUUCAAGAAUCUAAAACAUUGAGUCCUGGUGAUAGUUUCUCCACAUUUGAUACUCCUUACUGCAGAGUGGGCCUGGGCAUCUGCUACGACAUCCGCUUUGCAGAGCUGGCACAAAUCUAUGCACAGAGAGGCUGCCAGCUGUUGGUAUAUCCUGCAGCUUUUAAUUUGACCACCGGACCAGCCCACUGGGAGUUGCUUCAGCGAGGCCGCGCUGUUGAUAAUCAGGUGUACGUGGCCACGGCAUCUCCCGCCCGGGAUGACAAAGCCUCCUAUGUUGCCUGGGGACACAGCACCGUUGUGAGUCCUUGGGGGGAGGUCCUCGUCAAAGCUGGCACUGAAGAAAUGGUCGUGUAUUCAGACAUAGACCUGAAGAAGUUGGCUGAAAUACGCCAGCAAAUCCCCAUUUUUAGCCAGAAGCGAUCAGACCUCUAUGCAGUGGAGGCGAAAAAGCCCUAAUGUUUAUGUUUCCAACGUGUCAUGAAACAGGAAGAUAUGUUUCUACAACAUAAUCAACUCCCUUCUGAAUUCUUUAAUGGAGAUUCUUUUUUUUUUUUUUUUUUUUUUAACUUCAGCCUUUUCCCUUCCUGGAUAGGAAGCUCUCUGUUGAGAUGGUGGAGCACCAACUGAUGCUGGUAUUCUCCACACCGUAUUAAAUAGUCAAAAAGGACUCAGGCUGGUGGAGACGAGCAGAAGGCAAGGGGAUGGCUGUAAGUCUUCCAUGUUCAAGUUAUCUCAAAGCAGUUAGUAAAAGUAUCAGAUCUUGGUAUCUCUGAUGGUUGAUUCACCAGAUACGAAUAUAUCUGUGUCAUGAACCUCUUAUCUGAUUGUUGGAGUUGGAAUCCAUUAUGUAGAAAACUUGUUCUUUGAGCAGUACCUUAAAGUUACAUUUUUGGUCUGUGAGUAGCUAUGGAAAGCAAGGUGAUGGAUCCUUGGUGUUUACUAGAGGAGAUGGCAGCACCUUUUCUAGCAGCCUUUGGGCUCUUCAAAUUCAGGAAGGAGCUAACUAUUUAAGACCCCCUUAGUUUUAGGGGAAACAUUGUUUCAAUAAUGAGCCCCCUGGGAGAAUGGCAGUAGCAUAAUUUGGUCAAGACAACUAAAGUGUGAGUCUCUGCAAAAGAUUUUCUUGAUAGGGGUGAGUGUCUCUUUUUCUUUUUGCUGUUCUCCCUAGUAACACUUUUAGCUUGAUAAAGGUAAGUUUUUAGCCUAGUGGUUUUCAGAAUCCUUUUACGUAAUUAAAAAUUAAGAAUUCCAUUGAGCUUUAUGUAUGUUAUAGCUAUUGGUGGGUUGGUAAAUGUUUAAUGACCAGCAGUCUGAGAAAAAGUCGAUUUUGCAGUAGCGUUUGCCAGUUUCCAUGGUGUACUUACUGCCAAAUUCAAGCUAUCAGUGUAACACCUCUAAACACAAAGCUGGGAAUAGAUGUGCUCGAUUGGCUCUUGUGAGUUGGUGCAAUUCUACUCUAGCACACCACUGUUUACAUAUAUAUAGAUAUUUGCCAUACUGGAAAAUAAAAUUUUAAAACAAAAGAAUACACAAACAUGCAUCCCAUUAUCUAUAAGAAUGAUGACAUUAUCAUGUGCGGUUUAACCAGCACUGUAUACGCCAAAGUGUUCUACAGUGAAAAAGGCAAAUGACUUUUUAAAAAUAAGUGUACAAUUUGGCAAAAUUUGACAUGUAUAUACAUGAAACCACUUCAAUCAAGAUAAUGAAUAUACCCACCACCCCUAAAAGCUUCUUUGUGCUCUUUUAUAAUCUCUCUGGCUACUGCUCACAUCCUCAGUCAAUCACUGAUCAGCUUUGUCACUAUAGAUUAGUUUGAAUUUUCCAAAAUUACCCAAAAGUGGAAUCAUACUAUAGUUUUUUGUGUCUUCUUUCACUCACCAUAAUUACUUGGAGAUUCAUCCAUGUGUGUGCUUCAGUAAUUCAUUCCUUUUUUAUUGUAUGGAUGUACUGUAAUUUAUCCAUUCACCUGUUGAUAGACAUUAGAAUUGUUUCCAGUUUUGGGCUAUUACAAAUAAAACUGCUAGCUACAUUUUGUACAAGUUGUUCAUUUCUCUUGAGUAAUGUCUAGGAGUGGAAUGGUGGGGUCUUACGUGUAUCUCACUGCCAGUGCCAUUUUACUUAGCAGUCUGUCAGAGUCCUAGGUGCUCCACGUCCUCAUCAGCACUUGGUAUGAUGAGCUGUUUAAAUUUUAACGAUUUUAAUAGGCAUGUAAUGUUAUUUCAUUAUAGCUUUAAUUUAUAUUUUCCUAAUGACUAAGGAUGCUGAAGCAUCUUUUCAUGUGCUCUUUUGCUGUCUGUAUAUCCUCUUUGGUGAAGUGUCUGUUCGUAUCUUCUUCCCCUAUUUUUAUGGGGUUAUUUAUCCUCUUAUUGAUUAGUAAGUGGUCUUUAUAUACUCUAGAUAAAAGUUCUUUGUUAGGUUUUAAUUUUUACAAAUAUAUUCUCUAAGUUUGAGGAAAAAAAGUCUUCAUUUUCUUAAAAGUAUUUAAAAAGUAAAAGUUUUAAAUUUUCAUGAAGGCCAAUUAAUUGCUUUGUUUUUUAUAGUUUGUCCUGAAUUUAGGUCUAUGACCCAUUUUAUUUUAUUUAUUUCUUAGUUUUUAUUUUAUAUUGGAGUAUAGUUGAUUUACAGUGUUGUGUUAGUUUCAGGUGUACAGCAAAGUGAUUCAGUUAUACAUAUACAUAUAUCUAUUCUUUUUCAGAUUCUUUUCCCACAUAGAUUAUUACAGAGUAUUGAGUAGAGUUCCUUGUGCUAAAUAGUAGGUCCUUGUUGAUUGUCUUUUAUAUAUGGCAGUGUGUAUAUGUUAAUCCCAACUUCCUAAUUUAUCCCUCCCCCCACACCUUUCCCCUUUGGUAACCAUAAGUUUGUUUUCUAAGUCUGUGAGUCUGUUUCUGUUUUGUAAGUAAGUUCAUUUGUAUCAUAUUUUUUAGAUUCCACAUAUAAGUGAUAUCAUAUGAUAUUUGUCUUUGGCUGACUUCACUUAGUAUGAUAAUCUGUAGGUCCAUCCACGUUGCUGCAAAUGCCAUUACUUCAUUCUUUUUUAUGGCUAAUAUUGCAUUGUAUAUAUUUACUACAUCUUUAUCCAUUCAUCUGUCCAUAGACGUUUAGGUUGCUUCCAUGUCUUGGCUGUUGUAAGUGGUGCUGCAGUGAACAUUGGGGUACAUGUAUCUUCUCAGAGUAUGGUUUCUUCCAGAUAUAUGCCUAAGGAUUGCGAUUGCUCGAUCAUAUGGUAGCUCUAUUUUUAGUUUUUUAAGGAACCUCCAUACUGUUCUCAUAGUGGCUGUACCAAUUUACAUUCCCACCAACAGUGCAAGAGGGUUCCCUUUUCUCCACACCCUCUCCAGCAUUUACUAUUUGUAAACUUUUUUUAAACUAUAUUAUUUUAUUAAUCUUUUUUAACAUCUUUAUUGGAGUAUAAUUGAUUUACAAUGUUGUGUUAGUUUCUGCUGUAUAACAAAGUGAAUCAGCUAUAUGUAUACAUAUAUCCCCAUAUCCCCUCCCUCUUGUGUCUCCCUCCCACCCUCCCUAUCCCACCCUCCUAGGUGGUCACAAAGCACCGAGCUGAUCUCCCUGUGCUAUACAGCUGCUUCCCACUAGCUGUUUUACAUUUGGUAGUGUAUAUAUGUCAGUGCUACUCUCUCACAAACUUUUUGAUGGUGGCCAUUCUGACCCAUGUGAGGUGACAACUCAUUGUAGUUUGAUUUGCAUUUCUCUAAUAAUUAGCAGUGUUGAGCAUCUUUUCAUGUGCUUUUUGGCCAUCUGUAUGUCUUCUUUGGAAGAAUGUCUAUUCAGGUCUUCUCAUUUUUUAAUUGAGUUGUUUGGUUUUUGUUUGUAUGUUUUUUGAUAUUGAGUUAUAUGAGGUCUUUAUAUACUUUGGAGAUUAAUCCCUUGUUGGUUGCAAAUAUUUUCUGCCAUUCUGUGAGUUGUCUUUUCAUUUUGUUUAUGGUUUCCUUUGCUGUGCAAAAGGUUUUAAGUUUAAUUAAGUCCCAUUUGUUUAUUUUUAUUUUUAUUUUCAUUACUCUAGGAGGUAGAGUCAAAAAAAAUAUUGCUAUGAUUUAUGUCAAAGAGUGUUCUGCCUACAUUUUCCUCUAAUAAGAGUUUUAUAGUAUCUGGUCUUACAUUUAGGUCUUUAAUCCAUUUUGAGUUUAUUUUUGUUUAUGGUGUUGGAGAAUGUUCUAAUUUCAUCCUUUUACAUGUGGCUGUCCAGUUUUCCCAGCACCACUUAUUGAAGACUGUCUUUUCUCCAUUGUAUAUUCUUGCCUCCUUUGUCAUGGAUUAAUUGACCAUAGGUGCAUGGGUUUAUUUCUGGGCUUUCUCUCCUGUUCCAUUGAUCUGUGUAUUUCUGUUUCUGUGCCAGUAAUAUACUGUUUUGAUUACUGUAGCUUUGUAGGAUAGCCUGAGGUCAGGGAGCCUGAGUCCUCCAGCUCCAUUUUUCUUUCUCAAGAUUGCUUUCGCUAUUCAGGGUAUGACCCAUUUUGAAUUGGUAAUUGUUUGUAUAUGGUGUGAGGUAAGAGUCAAGCUUUUUUUUUUUUUGCUUAUAGCUAUCCAGUCGUUCCACUGAAUUGCCUUGGCAUCUUUAUUAAAAUGAAUUGGCCAUAUAUAUCUUCAUCUGUUUCUGGACUUGUCUCUUCUUUUUCAUUGAUCUACUUAUCUUUACACCAGUAACUUACUAUGUUGAUUACUGUAACUUUUUUCUUUUUCUUUAAAUGGUUUGCCUCUUUUUUUUUAAAUUUAUUUUUUUAAUUUAUUUUGGGCUGUGCUGGGUCUUCGCUGCUGCGCGUGGGCCUUUCUCUAGUUGCGGUGCGUGGGCUUCUCACUGCGGCGGCCCCUCCCGCUGGAGAGCACCAGCUCCAGGUGCACGGGCCCCAGUAGUUGUGGCUCACGGGCCCAGUUGCUCCACGGUAUGUGGGAUCUUCCUGGAUCAGGGCCGAAACCCGUGUCCCCUGCACUGGCAGGGGGACUCCCAACCACUGUGCCACCAGGGAAGCCCUGUAAAUUUAUAGUAAGUCUUUAAGUCAGAUAGUAUUAGUCCUCCAACUUAUUUUUCAAAAUGGUUUAAACUAAGUCCUUUGUAUUUCCAUACAAACUUCAUAAUCAGGUUGUAAAUUUCCCCAGAAAAAAAGCCUGUCAGGGUUUUCACUGGGAUUGCAUUGAAUCUAUAGAACAGUUUGGUGUAAAGCUGAAGUCUUACCAAUACUGAAUCACUGACUCAGGAACAUGAGAUAUCUCCUCAGUUAUUUAGGCCUUCCUUAAUUUCUCUCAGCAGCAUUUGUUAGUUCCAGUAUAAAAGUAAUGCAAAUCUUUUGUCCAUUUUAUCCCUGAAGACUACAAGUGUUUUGAUGCUGCAGUAUUGUUUUGGAAACAUUUCUAGUUUUUCAUUGCUAGUGUAUAAAAUAUUUAUUUCUGUAUAUGGUCUUUUAUCCUGAAACCUUGCUAAACUCACUCUAGCAGCUUUUUAUAUGUGUGUAUUCCAUAUGAUUUUUCACAUAGAUGAUCAUGUCUGCAAAUACAGUUUACAAAAUAAAUGAGCUUCUUCCUUCCAA